AUCCGGAACUUGUCAUCUGAUCAUCUCUUCUACAGGAUGUCGACAUGAUGAGAUCCGAGAUCUCGUCAUCUGAUCUUUUCGCUAGCAAGAUGUCGACUUCCGAAGAUAAUUAUCUCAACAUCUGAUCUUUUCGCUAGCAAGAUGUCGACUUCCGAAGAUAAUUAUCUCAACAUCUGGGUGGCACUUUUAAGCUUCCAUAGUUUUCCCUCAUAAUCUUUCUUGAACACAAUCGACAUAAUCGACACGAGAGGGCAGCAACAAAUUAUCAUUAUGGUGCAAUGACUUUCGAGACGAACGAACGUGGACUUCCCCACCCCACUGUGGCCGCGCCGUUGACUACCUUGUUUAUAUCGUUAAUGCAUAUGAAGUGAAUUUUUGUAAUUAUAUUCUCGAGGAGAUAUAUACUGAGAGUAUUGAAACAUUUGGAAUACUGUGCGGAAAAAAAAUGUCAGUGUCGCCUUCUCUUGUAACAUGGUGUUCAGAAGAACUGAGUCUUCUGCUUGCAUCCGAGACGACUGAUGAGUUUGUGAGUUAUCUCCUUGCUAUCAGGGAUGAUCAGGAGCUCAGAGAAUACCUCAGUCAACUGCUGGAUAGCUCCAGCAAAAAAAAUGCAGAAUUUGUUGAAGAAUUGAUGAGAAGGAGAAACAGUGGACCGGCUCUCCCACAGAACUUCACUGUCUACAGAAAGUCUACAACUCAAGAAGAAUCUAAGAAGGAUGUAUCAAAACACAAGGGCAAAUCAAAAAGCAAGGAGAAAAAAUCUAGCCAAGAGACAAUUUCACCAUCAAACCAAAAAUCUAAUACAUCACCUCAAUUACAACCACAAGUGCAACCAAAUCAGCUCCAGCAGCAGCCAACUCGCAAUGGUCUCUCACCGGAGGACGAGCAGAGCCUAGCCCUUCAGCAAGGAGCACGUCGCAAGACCAAGUUUGUUCCGCUCUACAGUCAAGAGGGACAGGUCCGUAGCACCAUCCACCUUCCAGGACGCCAUCCUUGCGAGUGCCAGGCCCACAAGCAUGCCUUGGUCUCCAACUGUCUGGAGUGUGGGAGAGUGGUCUGCAGCCAGGAAGGUUCCGGUCCGUGUAUAUUCUGCGGUGCUUUGGUGUGCAAUAAAGAGGAGCAGGAGAUCCUCGCCAGAAAUUCCAAGAAGAGUGAAAAGUUACGGAAGAAACUGAUGGGAGAGGGCCAUGCCAACAGUGAUGCAUCAGGCAACAAGCCAAACAGUAUAGACCGAGCCAUAGCACACAAAGACAAGCUCAUUGAGUAUGAUAAAACAAGUGUAAGGAGAACCAAAGUCCAUGACGACCAGUCUGACUACUUCUCCAGCGACACCAACCAAUGGCUGAACACCACGGAGCGGGGCGAGCUGAAGAAGAGGGAGGGGGAGCUGAGGGAGCAGAGGCACGGGUCCAGACUCAACAAGAAGUUCAACCUGGACUUUGCGGGCAGGAAGGUCGUUGAGCAGGAGGCGGAAGAGAUGUACAACAGCAACGAUGAGGUGGUGCAGAGGGUUGUCUUUGGGAAUAAAGCGAGAGGCGAGCAGGAGGCGUCGUCGAAGGGAGGCCUCCAUGAUGCAACGAUAUUGAACCCCGGCAUUACAAGAGAGGCCCCUAAGUUUGUUUCCAAUACACCCACCAACACGAAGCCAGGAUCCAGCAAUCUGACAUCAUCAAGAAGAGACGGUUCCUCCAAGACCAACCCUCGCGUGCAAGACAGAGAGCUGAUGGAGAUGUCAGACCAAGGACAGUGUCUCAGCAUGCAUCAACCGUGGGCGUCGUUACUUGUGGCUGGUAUCAAGAAGCACGAGGGAAGGACCUGGUAUUCCCCUCACAGGGGAAGACUAUGGAUAGCCGCAGCGGCUAAAUUAGCCAGCCAAGAGGAAAUUGAAGCGGUCGAGGCACCUUACAGGCAUAUUAAUGACGAUGCGGAUUUUCCAGAGCACUAUCCUACCAGUUGCCUCCUGGGUUGUGUUGACAUGGUGGACUGCUUGGCCCAAGAAGACUACAGAUCCAAGUUUCCAGAGGGAGAAUCAUCAUCCCCGUAUGUUUUCAUCUGCGAGAACCCACAGGAGUUAUUCAUCAAAUUUCCAGUCAAGGGAAAACAUAAAAUAUGGAGAUUAGAUGGAGCCAUGCAUAAAGCAGCCAAAAAGGGCCUUAGACAGAUUCUUCAACACUCAUGAUAGGACGGAUAGAGACAGAACUUUAUAGCAUACAUACAUACAUGUAUCAAAGUCUCUAUCACUUGCAAAAUAAAAACAAAUAUACCCACUCCGCCUAAAUUCUCAGCUUUUUGAUAUAUUAAAUGGAAUAUCAGACAUGAAAGUACGAGAAGUAGAAACUUUAGACAGAGACAGGACUAGUCUGUGAUCAAAAACUCUCAUCUCCAAAUAUCUUACCCGGUUUAUUCUUAGCAGUCCCCUCUCUUUGUGGGAGAUCAGGUACGGAGACUUACCAAUCGGAAGGAGUCUAUGUAGACACAAUCAGCAUGACUGCAUAUUAAUUGUAAUUAAUUUGAAUGGCCCUCACAGUCCUCGCAUUUACAGUCUCUUUACCGCAACAUCAGAUCCAAAGACUUGAGAACCAGGAGCUUCAGAGACAGCACUAAGCUCUUACCAAAGACUAUAAUCUACAUGUUCAAAUGGUUGGUUUGCUGAGCCUACACGAAGAACUUCACCACAUUAUUGCCUACAGCAUUGGAAAUGAAGGACUACAAAUCAGAAACUCCAUUCAUAGAUAGAAUUUAGUACGCUUAUCUUCUGCAGAAAAAACUUUUAGUAUCAUCACCAUCAUCUUCAGGUUAAACUUCUCUCUGCACGGAACCUGAAACAUGACUUGACAACUAGAAGCUUCAGUCAGAGACACAACCAGGAACCUUUCAUGGACUUGCGUCUCCAAACAUGUAAAACGAAUUUCCUGCAGUCUAAAGUUGAAAUUCUCUUGGCAUGGACCAAGAGAUGUGUGGACUUAAAAAAAAGGAUAAUUCAUAGACAGAACUAUACCCUGAUCAAAAUCUCCUGUGUGCAAACACCCUAGAUGGUGGGACCAGUCUUCACAUCAUACUCCUUUCUACAUGGAACAUGAAAAGUUCGUCUAAUAAUUAUAGAAACUAUCAGAAAGUUCAGCACACAGUCUGAGUAUAUAUAGAAAUCCUUGAUUUGCUGAGGGGAACGAAUAUUAGAUAGACGGAUAAGUAUUCCAGGGGUACGGAAGCAACUUUGAUUGACAAUCAACUUCAUGCAACAGCCAAGUCUGUGGUGUUAAAAAACACGACAUUAACUUUCUUUUGAAACAUUACUACGAUAAAAGCCUUCACUGUAUACAAUGUUAGUGGCAGUGAUAAAGUUACUUUAAUAUGUGUAAAAUUCAGACAUUUCCCGAUAUUAUUCAGACAAAUUGUAGUUCAUUUAGGUUUUGACUAUCAAUUUUUAUUUUUGCCUUGCACUAUUGAGUCAUGAGUAAUUACCCUGCAACUUACUUACCGGUAGUAUUUAUCCUGACAAAUGUAAUCAAUUGCAAAAAAGAAAAUUAUGACCAUCUGAACUGAAGUUCUUUUAAAGCGAUUCUGAACUGAUGAACUUUCUACCCUAGUGUACUGUUUAUUGCACAGCGCCAUCUCAUGGUCAACUUGCCAACAGUGCGUAGCCCGAUAAGUAGUUCCUACUCGCAGACAGAGGACUAGAUGCGAGAACCAACAGUGCGGUUAGGGAAGCAGCAGGUUAUGGGACCAUACUGCUACAGCUGACCUGAGAUGGUGUUAGAGGGUAUUUUGCAGUAGUGCUUCUAGCUCAGAGAUGCCCUUGGGGUUUCAGCCGUUUUUGGAAGGGUGACUUCAAUUUCAUGUAUUCACUUGUAGAUUCAUAUUAAAAUAAUCAAAGAUGUGAUGUUGUGAUUCUAUUGACAUGUGAAGAUUAUGCAAAUCACUGAAACUAAUCAUUGCAUUGUUAAUUACAUUCAAUAUUUUAUCAGGAUUUAACACAACCGCCGCGAAUGGCCCGAGAAUUUAAAGCAGUAUAGUAGAUGGCUUUGCCAUGUUUAGUUAUACAUUCCUCCACCAAGCAUUUUAAGUAUUUAAAAAAUGGGUAGUGUUUUGUUUUGGAAAGUCAAUGCAGAUGUUUUACAAGACUAUUGUUCAUGUGUGUCUAAAUGAAUGCAACAAAUGUAUAACAUGAUUUUGUACUGGUAGUACAAAAAUAAAAUCAUGCUUUUUGUUAUUCAAUUGAUUUUACUCAGUAAACUUUUGUUCAGUGACCAAUGAAGUAUCCUUUAAAGCCCCACUGCACUAGUUAUAGAUACUUGCGCCCUCUAUAUAGCAAACUAAUCAGUAACCUAUGGGCCCCCAUGGCCUCCUUUUUCUUAUGUUAAUUGAGAGCUGAUUUGAUGAGAUAACCACCUGUCAGUGACCAUGCAGGGAGGUCUAAUCCCUCCUGGCCAAACUAGUGCAGGUAGGCUUUAAAGGCCAUUCAAUUACCUAUAAUUUGUCUAAUGGACAACCUAUUCUGUCAUGCCUUGCCUAGAUAAAGAGGUAAAAUGAAAAUCAGGGAUUCUUAUUCUUGGAGAACAGCAAAAGUUUAAGGUCCUGUCAAUGCUUUGCAUACACCAGAACGAAAUGUACUGAAGAACUAUGCAUAUUUCAUGGUAGGAACGCACUAGUUUGUUUUAUCUGACGGGUGUAUAUUUUAAAUCACUCCUUACCAGUUUUCAGUUCGUUUCGUUUGUGCAAUUUCUUUUAACAUUCAGGAUCACUUUUGAGUUUUAGUAUAUUCAGCAUGAAGACAGGAGGCUAUGGUGAACCUGUGACUUCAGGGGGGUGUUUCACAAAGAUUUUAAGUUGAACUUAUCACUAAGUUGGUCUUAACAAUUAUGAAAAGCAGUUGGCGUCUAUAAAAAUGUUCGUAAAAGUUAUUCUCAAAUGUUGAUUCUAAUCAUAUUUUCUAUUAUUAAGGAGAUUUCGUGUUCUUGAUGUGGAAUUUAUGAAAAGUAUGAAAUACUUGAAGUUUUGCUUUUUAAUAUAUUUAUUUUAAGGCUACAAAUGGCUCUCCAUGAUAUUUAAGUCCAACUUAGAGUUAAGUUCGACUUGGGAUCUUUGUGAAACACCCCCAGGUCAUUUUCAUUGCCGCCCCAACAGCCUCUUAGCUAUUGGACAUGAUAGAUAGAUAGAUAUUUAGCAGUUUUAUGCUUCAACUCUCUAACAUGAGUAGUUUACAUGUACAUGUACGUUACAGUCAUUGCAUGUUGCGAUGCCAAGAUAAGAUGCACAUUGAGAAUCAGAUUCUCAGUGCUGCUUUAUGGAGUAAUAAAAUAUAUACUUAUUGCGAUA